GUUCGAGAUUAUAGUAGACGACGAGGCCAAACGUUCGGGUAGACUUCCUGAUGUCGACGACAAAGUCAUCACCGUGAACAAGCUGUACAUCGGCGGCGUUCCCGCCAACAUGGAGAGGCGGUUCCGCAACAUGGCCGGCACGCUCGCUCCCUUCAAGGGCUGCAUCAGGGAUCUGGUGCUCAACGGGAAGCUUAUCAACAUGGGAGAUAUGGUAGAGUUUAACAAGGCUGACAUUGGUCGGUGCGUCCAGCCCACCGAGCUCCUACAGAUUACCACGACCGUGACCAUGAUCACUACAGAAGUCAGCGGCAUCACGCCACCUGUCCAGACCAUGUCAUCGGUGUCCAUGCCACCCAUGGAGAUCACUGGGGGAGAGGAAGAGAGUCCGGGGCCCAGCACCCAAUCCACUAAGCCCGCUACUACUACGCAGUCCAAGCGAAUGACUACAACUAUGGAGCCCUCCACCGAAAGACCCUCCAGCACUGCCGCGGACCGCACGACCACAAAAAUGUCGACAACAGAAAAGGAUGAUACCACGCCCGAACCAAAGGAAUCCACCACCACCCUUGUGAUAACGUCCACCCAAACUGUAAGGCCCACGACCGUCCCCAGACCUGUGACCACACCACAGGCUACGACGACCGAACAUGUCCCGACCACGGGACUGACCACUGACAGAUCCACACAAGGCCCCCCCAAGACGACCACGGAAAUGGCCACUGCUAAAGCCCCCACUACUACCGCCUCUAGUGUGCCAGGAGUAAGUGAUCACACGAAGAACUGUCCCCUCCUAUAAACGUGUCCUCAUGAAUCCAUCCUCCUGAGUCCAGUCCGAUUUUCACCACCAACAAGU